AUGGUGCGGAUGUUGUUGGACCUUGGGGUUGUGACGGGGUUGGAGAUGGCGAUGUAUGAUGCUGUGGAAGGGGGGGAUGUGUCUAUUUUAGGACAAGUGCUUGUGGCGGGGGGACUCCCUACGCUGGUCUUGGGUAACGCUGUUAAUACGGGGAAUCAGUCGAUGGUGCAGCUGCUCCUUGAUUAUGGGGCUGAGGCAGGCAAAGGAUUGAAAUCAGCGGCGCUUAGCGGAAAUGCGCUAAAAGUUGGGCUCUUACUCGACCAGGGAGCUGCUGCUGAUGUGUUGGAUGGGAGGAAGAGAACACGUCUGCUGUUGGAAAAAGGAGUAGCAACUAGCUCGAUUAGAGAGGAUGACAAGAUGAAGAAGGCACUGGUAGAAGCCAUAAUAAAUGGCGCGGGAAAUGGCGCCCUGAAUGGGGCGGCGGAAGUCAUGCAACUUCUCAUAAACCACGGUUUUCAUUUUAACUUCAACGCAGGGUAG